AGAGGGGAUGAUUGGGGAAGGGGUGAAGAAGAGAGGGUUAUUCUAUGAUGAUAAGAAGAAGAAGAAGAAGAAGGAUAAGAUGAAUAAAGCUCAGAGUCAGAGCAAAGAUGAGUUCUAUUCAGAAAUGGAAACAGAGGAGGAGGAGAAGUAUUUGGGUAAGAAGAGAUUCGAGCGUAAGCUUGUGAAAUACGAAGCUUUGCCUGAUUAUCUCAAGGACAACGAGUUUAUACUUGAUCAUUACAGGUCUGAAUGGCCCAUCAAAGACGCCAUUCUCAGCGCUUUCUCUUGGCACAACGAAACUCUCAAUGUUUGGACGCAUUUGGGGGGAUUUCUAAUCUUUGCGACGUUGACGGUGAUGAGCUCCAUGGAGAUUCCAGAAGGUGGAGGCUUUCUCUUUGGUUUCUCAAGGUCGAUUCCAGGGAAUUUCAUGACUGCGAACAACUCAGGCGAAUUAUUUCCGGACAUGAAAGCACGACAAGAAGUAGUAUCACAAGGCUCAGUCUUCCUCCAAGUGGACGGAGGAGGAGAAGGUAAUAAUAGGUUUGAUUCAGCAGUACUCCCUCGAUGGCCGUGGUUUGUGUUCUUGGGUGGUGCCAUGGCUUGCUUGGUUUGCAGCUCCCUCUCCCACCUCCUUGCCUGCCAUUCUCGCCGUCUCAAUCUCUUCUUCUGGCGUCUCGACUAUGCCGGUAUCUCCAUCAUGAUUGUCUCCUCCUUCUUCACCCCAAUUUACUAUGUUUUCUACUGCCACCCUUACACUAGACUUCUCUACCUCUCCUCCAUUACCACCCUUGGUGUCCUCGUCAUAAUCACAUUACUAGCUCCUGCACUCUCCACACCUCGCUUUAGGCCAUUCAGGGCUACACUCUUCCUCACCAUGGGCUUCUCAGGGAUCAUACCAGCCGCCCACGCCCUUGCCUUGCAUUGGGGUGCCCCUCAUAUUUUUGUAUCUCUUGCAUAUGAGCUUGCUAUGGCAGUCUCCUAUGCCACUGGUGCCGCAUUCUAUGUUAGCCGGAUCCCAGAACGAUGGCACCCCGGAAAAUUUGAUAUUGCUGGCCAUAGCCAUCAGAUCUUCCAUGUGCUCGUCGUUGCCGGAGCUUUGGCUCAUUAUGCUGCCUCACUGGUCAUCUGGGAUUUUCGCAAGGGUUCUCCUACCUGCCUGUGAGACUUAAUGAUGGAGUGGUUAAUUAAUCGAAUUUAUAUAUUGUAUGAGGGUGUGU